GAUAAUUGAAGAGUAUCGACGUUAUCAACUAUUGAUAUAAAUUUAUGAUCAUUUAUUUAUGAUACAAAUGCUUCAUAAAUAACUGUUCGAAAAUCGAUGAAGAGGGGGUAAAAACUGGUUACGUUUGUUCUAUGAAAUUGUAUCUUUAUAUUGGAAUAUAGCCAAUAGCGGCCGGUAAAUCUCGCAUGAAUACGUUGACAUCGAGGAUAUGCGUUUAGCGAGAAUUUAGGAAUUACAAAAAUGACAGUAUUUAUCAGCGAAAUUAAUUUUUCGCGAAUUGUUGUUGCGUUACUCCUGUGCACACAAAUUGUACGAAUUUACGCGAGAAUAGAGGCCGAGAUUGAUCUUGACGUGGAAGGAAAUGGAUUUCAUAGAACAUUGAUUUAUCGUGUGCACUUCAAGAACUUUACGUAUGAUGGCUGUCAAGCUGCCAUUUAUAUGGAAUUACCAUCGGCGUUGUACGUCAAUACGGAUGAAAUAGCAGAAUUGAGAAGACGUGGAAUGAGUACAAUAUGCUCUGUUGGUGAAACCGAUGUGGAGUUGUUUGCGGAAAAAGCUGGUCAACAGAAUGUGACAAUUUGUGCAUCCAUACAUUCAUCAUCAUCCAGUUUAGCAAUUCCUAUUCACCAACGUUAUCGAUAUGCACAUAAGACUGGUGGUUACAUCGAUGUAACCUUACCUGAGAUCAAGCUGCUGUUAGGAUGCCGAGAGAGAAUCAAGGAUUAUAGGGUGUCCAAGAUAGAUUUAUGUGAACCAUGUGUCGGUCUAGUGGCCAAGUGGCGCGAAAUUCCAUAUUACAUGUUGAACAAUCGCAACUAUGUAUGGCCAAUACCAGUUGGAGAUUCAUCUCUUUCACUUUUUGUCACUUGCGCUACUCUACUGACAACUGUUAUUGGUGCAGUAUUUAUCGGACUUGCUAUUCGGACCAAUGUGUUGGACCAAAGUCAUCCAAAAGAAGACUGAACUAGCUAAGAUUUAAAUAUAUAGAUAGUUUUAUACUAUUAACAAUCUUUUAUCAAUGAAUGUUUUAGGUUACAUUUUUAUAUAUCAAUUGUUCUGAUAUAAGAAUUUAAGGAGAUACCAGUCUUGUACAUUUUUGAGAUAUAAAUUUAUUUAAAUUAAACCAAAUUUUAAGUCGUCAAAAAAGUCGAGAAGAGACAUGACAUUUUUAUAAUCGCAAAGUUUAUUUGAUAUUGAUUAUAGGAUGAUAUAAGAACGCUCAUUUAAAAUUAAUUACAGAAUGGGAUUAAUUUGUCCAUUUUUACAUUCCUGAAGAUAAAAAAAAAUUAGUUCUAGCAUAUCCUAUAUAUUCAGCCUAAAUUUUAUAUACAAGUGAUAUUUACAUGCAGCUUCUAGUCAAAACGCUUUAAUAUUUUAUACAUAUCUUUGAGAUGAUAUUGAUAUUCUAAAUCAUUCAAAAGUUACCACACAAGUCACACAUUCACACAAUGAACACAA